AUGGCUUCUCUCUUGAACCUCGACAACCCGGCUCUGGCCUACUACUCGGUCCCGGCCGCCCUGGUCCUGGCCGGGAUACCGGUCGGCAUCGCCAGCAGCCUCGCCGGCAAGAACCACGACCACAACUACCCGCGCCGCACGGUCGAGAAGAGCGCCAAGGACGCGCAUCUCAGCCAGGAGGUCAAGGACAAGAUCGAGCGGGCCAAGGCGGCCAACGCCAACGCGUGCGAGACGCUGGGCUACUACGCCGCGGCCGUGGUGGCGGCCGUGACGGCGGGCGUGGCGACGCGCACCGUCAACCUGCACUGCGCGGCGUACCUCGCCAGCCGGGUGCUGUACAACGUCGCCUACAUCCAGCUCGGCAACGGGCACCUGCGGGGCGCCGUGUGGAUCACGGGCAUCGGCAUCAUGACCUCGCUCUGGAUCAAGGCUGCCGGCGCGCUGGCUGCCUGA